GCGCGUGAUAAACAAAUUGGACACAACAAGAUUCGCUAAAAGUUAACAUUCGAAUGGACAUGUAAUUGGCGCAGAGCUUGCGAAAAUCUAGAAAGUGAAUGUCUACCAUGUGCAAUAAACUGCAGUUACUUCAAUGCUCUUUCGUGCACUCUGUUUAAAGUUGUCUUUGAAAGUAAUAUUUAAUUCCAUUGGCAGUCAAAAAUGUAAACAAACGCGUUAAAUAAUUAACAAAAAGCGAAUUGCUCCGGGUUUUAUUAGUGUUAUUUUUUCUGCUGCUGCUGCUGCGCUGCCGCUGCUUUCGUGCCGGUGCCUCUCUCCCUUUCUAACUGUUCCUGUGCUUUCGCGUGUUUUUUGCCUGUCAUCCUGCCCGUGUGUUUGUGAUUGUGUCUGUGUGCUGGAGCAGACAACAAAAGAAAUAGCGCUCUCCCCGCCCUCCCCUACGCCUGUCUAGUUACCGUUACUUGCUGCACUGCCAAAAAAAAAUCAACAAAAAAUACGAAUUUUUGAUAGAAAUAAUUUAUACCUUUUCGAAAAAUCAUUCAAUUCCAAUCGACAACAAAGAUGGCCUUGAUAAAACUGGCAAGGCAACUGGGCCUGAUUGAUACCAUCUACGUGGAAGGAGCUCGCCCAGAUCCAGCCAACGAUCCUGAGGAGUCGCUCAACGAAGCAGACAUUACAGCCCCCGCCAACGCAGUGCCCAUCAAGACAAAGAAGUCACGCAAAUCCAAGCUCUUGGCGAUGCAGCCCUAUACCUAUGCCAUUUCCGUGGACUUCGAGGCCACCUGCUGGGAGAAGCAAGCCCCGCCACAAUGGAGAGAGUCGGAGAUAAUUGAGUUUCCAGCGGUUUUGGUCAAUCUGAAAACAGGCAAGGUGGAGGCGGAGUUUCACACGUACGUGAUGCCGUUGGAGUCGCCGCGCCUGAGCAACUACUGCACUGAGCUGACGGGCAUUCAGCAGAAGACAGUGGAGGCGGGUGUCCCGCUGCAGACGGCACUCAAUUUGUUCUGCGAAUGGCUGCGCAAUGAGCUGCGCGUCCGCAACCUGGUGCUGCCGAAGACGAAUAAAUCCAAUAUACUGGGAAACUGUGCCUUCGUCACCUGGACGGACUGGGACUUUGGCAUCUGUCUGGCCAAGGAGUGCACGCGCAAGCGAAUACGCAAGCCAGCCUGUUUCAAUCAGUGGAUAGACGCGAGGGCCAUCUACAGGGAAUGGUACAAGUAUCGUCCCUGCAACUUCGCCGAUGCUCUGUCCCAUGUGGACCUGGCCUUCGAAGGACGUGCUCACUCCGGAAUCGAUGACGCCAAGAAUCUGGGCGCCCUCAUAUGCAAGAUGGUUCGUGACGGAGCCCUCUUCUCGAUCACUAAAGAUCUGACGCCAUAUCAGCAGCUCAACAGUGGCUUCUGAGCUGCAGCGGUCAGGGGUCAGCCAUCAGCCAUCCCUCCAAACCAGCAAGAGAACCAGGACGCAAAGAAUCCAUUUAUUUAUUGGAUUAUAUAUAAUAUGAAAUUCUACAACAAACGCAAAGACAUGGAGGAUGACUAGGCGUGGUGCCUAAGCUGACCACAAACGUAAACGCUAAAGAAGUUUCUCGUUUUUGUUUUGUAUUUUACCUAAUUUCUUGCAACAGCAAUUGAUAAGACUUGAAAUUUGAUGUGCAUCGCAAACACAGCCGAUCCCCAGCAUCUGAGUCGGGAUCUGAACACCUACAUACGAGUACAUCUAAACAUCUACACAUAGCUAUAAAUAUGGCCUUAGAGCAUACAUAUUUUUCUACCAUUCAUACUUACUUGGUAAUGCCUAGCCGUAGUCUAUAAUAUGGAAUGCAAUACUUAUUUUAACGACUUACACCGCCUACCCUAACACUAGGUCAUAGGGCAUAAAACAUAAAAUAAUAAUAAAACGACAAUAGCUACAUA